CUCUAGAAACGAACACCGCGCUGCCAUUUAUUGCUGUCAGUGCGGGAGUGAUUUUUGUUGUAAACAAGAACGAAAAAUGACUUCUCCACUGGAUUUGCUAAAGUUUGACGAGACGAGGAAGCGCCCUUGGCUCAACGACAAAUGGGGCUUCAUUUUGGGUGGUAGCAUGGGCUUUGGCUUGGGCUGUUGGGUGAAUUUCAUGCGGAGUCGUCCAAUUCUUAGUGGACUUCAGAGACACAUCGGCUUUUCCUUGAUUGGCGCCACCGCGUGUUUCUUCGUUGAUCGAUACCGUGACAAGUACAUGUCGGAACGAGAUGCUGUGUUGAGACACUAUAUUGAACUCCAUCCGGAAGAUUUUCCAACGCCGGAACGCAAGAAGUAUGGCGAGCUGAUGGACAGAUGGAUCCCAAUACGCUAGAAGCUAUGUGCAAACACCUUAAGUUUGUAUAAUUUAGCAAUAAUUACCAACAUUUAUUGAAAUCUA